AUGGGAAUAUCACCUGAAGACAUAAAAAUGAUAUUUAAAGGAAAAGAACUGCACAACUCGACAAUUAUAGAGGAAUGCGAUUUGGGACAACAGAGUAUCUUGCACGCUAUUAGAACUCCACCUCAAAGACUCAACAGAAGUAAAGAUACAAGUACCAUUGAAGAAUCUUCAGAACUGUCCGUGUUAAGCGAUAGCGGUGGCAAGCCGAUAAAUGAAACUCUUACCGAUUUACCUUUAGACGAAUCAGAUUUACAAGAGAAUUCAUCGAUGGAAGAAGAACCGACCACUGUGCACCGGCAGCUUGCCGUAGAAAUGGCGAUUGGAAAACAUCGAAGCCUCAGUUUCAAUGUCAAAGAUGCACCACAUUCUGGAAGGCCGGUUGAGGCUGAUGAAGACCAAAUAGAUGCAAUAGUGGAAGCAAAUCAUCGGAUAACAACACAAAAAAUUGUUGGGAUGUUGAAUUUAUCGAAUUUGACUGUUCAUGAGCAUUUGAAACGACUUGGUUUCGUUUCAAAGAUCUAUAUUUGGGUUCCAUACAUUCUCAAAGAAAGAGACUUGAUUCGUUCCAUUACCAUCUGCGACAUGUUGAAAUUUGAGGAAAACGAUCCAUUUUUGAAGCGAAUCAUAACUGACGUGAUGAAUCAACUCAAAGCACAUCGAAAGCUGAUAUCCAUCAAAGAAGGUGAUGCUCUCUGUUUGGUGGGAUUGGAAUGGAAUUGUUUAUUUGAGCUCCUACCAAACAACCAAACAAUUAAUUCGAAUGUGUACUGCCACCAAGUAGACAAAAUGAAUGAUUCCAUCAAGCAGAAGAGGCCAGAAUUGAUAAAUAGAAAAGGUGUCGUGUUUCUUCACGAUAACACUAGACCUCAGACAUGUUUGGUGACUCGCCAGAAGCUGUUAGAGCUCGGAUGGGAUGUGCUACCGCAUCCAUUAUAUUCAGCAGAUGUGACACCACGCGAUUAUCACCUGAGUCGGUCGCUCAAAAAUUGUUUGACUGACAAACCUUUGAUUCAAAUGAAGUUAUGA